UCUACUUUCCUAAAAAUGUCCACGCAGAUGAGGAUGCGAAUGGCUAGCUCGCUCACCCACGCUCGUACCCCGACCCCAUCACUCAGUCACCCUCAACCUCCUACCCCCUACCCGCGUCACUACCCAUAAGAGAGUCGCUCUGAGUUAAACAUGUCCACCCAGAUGACGAUCCGAAUGGCUAGCUCGCUCACCCACGCUCGCCCUUUUAUCAGCUCCCCCACCAUCUAUUCUUCCCGGUUAGUCCCGCACCCGCCGGACCUCGUCAAGUGGAUCAGGAGAGAAGGUGGAUUCGUCCACCCGUCUCUGAGGAUAGCAAACUUAGAGAGAAAUGGGCUCGGGCUGGUUGUUUCUGAAGAUAUACCCAAAGGCUCUGGCCUAAUUUCCCUCCCAGAGAACCUCCCGCUACAGUUUGGACCGGUGGAAUCUGAUACUACAAUGUCCAAACUGGCUCAACAAAUCCCUGAGGAGCUAUGGGCUAUGAAAUUGGGUUUGAAGCUCCUGCAAGAAAGAGCUAGGAAAGGGUCCUUUUGGUGGCCAUACAUCUCUAAUCUUCCAGAGACCUAUGGUGUGCCUAUAUUCUUUCCUGGAGAAGAUAUAAAGAACUUGCAGUAUGCCCCUCUUCUUUAUCAGGUAAACAAGAGAUGUCGGUUUCUUCUAGAAUUUGAGAGAAUUGUAAAACAAGAGCUUGGUCAUGUAAAGCAAGACAAUCACCCUUUUGAAGACCAACUUGUGGAUUCAUCAGCACUUGGAUGGGCUAUGUCAGCUGUUUCAUCUCGUGCCUUCCGUUUGUAUGGUGGAAAAUGUCUCGAUGGGACCCAUAAAGAUGUUCCGAUGAUGCUCCCAUUAAUUGACAUGUGUAACCACAGCUUCAGUCCAAAUGCUGAAAUUGUACAAGAACAUGAAGCAGGUGAUGGAAAAAUGUUUGUAAAGUUGAUUGCUGCAGAAAACAUAAAACAAGAUGAUGAGUUAGAACUUAACUAUGGUUGUCUGAAUAAUGAUCUUUUUCUUCUUGAUUAUGGAUUUGUGAUACCCUCAAAUCCCUAUGACUGCAUUGAGCUUAAGUAUGAUGCUGCUCUUCUUGAUGCUGCAAGCAUGGCUGCUGGAGUUCAUUCCCCAAACUUCUCUUCACCAACCCCUUGGCAGCGAGAGAUCUUGUCCCACCUAAAUCUUGAUGGUGAAAAUUCUGAUCUGAAGUUUAGGCUUGGGGGCCCUGAACUCGUUGAGGGACGUAUGUUGGCUGCAUUAAGAGCAUUGCUAUCAAACGACAUGGAGUCGGUUCAAAAUCAUAGGGUGGAUACACUCAAGUCACUGUCAGUUGAAUCGCCCCUUGGAACAUCAAUCGAAGUUGCGGCUCUUCGUACCAUUGUGGCCUUGUGUGUGAUUGCUCUCGAACACUUUCCUACAAAAAUUGUGGAGGAUGAGUCGUUAUUGAAACAAGACAUCUCUGCAACUACUGAUUUGGCUAUCCGGUUUAGGAUGCAGAAGAAGUUUGUGAUAAUAGAUGUAAUGCGGGAUCUUGCAAGGAGAAUGAAGUUACUCCUCUCAAAAGAACCUGCAUCUGCUCAAAACUAGCCUUCCUGGGGGCAUCCUGUCUAUGUUUGAAAGAUGCAAUCAAGUGAGGUAGUGCUUAUUGGAAGGCUUGCAGCGAAAUGGAAUCAACCUCUUGUGCAUUACAGUGAUGACUAUAAAUUUGGGACCCAUUGAGUUAGAUUUGAUCGAUUCACUUCUUUCCCUAGUGUUUACCAUUUCAACUUGAUCCUUUAAUGUGUUCAUAUGUUUACUUUUGAGCGCCUCAUGGAAUAAUCAUGGCUGCUCUUAAAUUAAGUUUGCAAAUGGUGAAGAAAAUACUAUGCUACUAGGUACUACAUACUACGUACUACAUGUAUUUUGUUUCAUAACAUAACUAAAAUGUAUUUUCCAUCAUUUGCAAUGGAGUCAAAGAUUCAUUAUUUUUUGGCUUGAGAUUAUGAUGGAAUAAAGCAAAAUG